AUGACAAGUGGAACGAUUUCAAAGCCAAUUGCCAGAGAAGAUGAAUUUGCUUAUCUUUGUUCUAUUAUCGGAAAAAAUGUUCCAGCAUCUUCGUGUGUAGUACUCUCUGGUCCUUCGGGUUGUGGGAAAACCUGUCUUUCUCUCUCGGUUCUUCUUCAUCUUUCUGAAGAUAAUAAAAGCUUUCGGUUUAUCGACGUUAGCUGUUUAGAAGUUUGCUCUUCCAAAUCAACCGGUUCAACUCUUUCUUCUGGCAAUAUUAUGCUCUUUGAUCUCAUUCUUUAUGAGCUCAAGAAACAAUUUCUUCCUAGUUGUCUUCAAUUCGACUACAAGUGUGACAGUGCUGCCGCAUUUAUUGAAAAUUCUGCUGAUUUGUUUCACAAAAUAGCUGUCACUGAAGAGCAAGGCACAUUUUGCAUCACUCUACAUCAAGCCGAACAGUUGCGCGAUAUGCCCGACAAUAUUCUUCCCAUCAUAGUGAAUCUGGAUGCUCUGGUUCGUGAUCAUAUGCGGAUACAUUAUCCUCAUACCAGGCCUCCAAAUAUUGUUACUCUAUUGCUAACUACAUGCACCUGGGAUAAAUUCUACUCUGGUACUUUCACUUCUGAGCCCACUUGCCUUUAUCUAAAGGCCUACAAUCGUGAAGAACUGACUAAGAUUCUUAUUGGUACUUCACCGAUUGAGUCUCCACGUUAUGGGAGAUUUAUUGAUAUUCUCUUAACGGUGUGCCUUCCUGUUACUCGAAAUAUCAAGGAACUCCUUUUUCUUGCUCAUUUCAAUUGGAAAGCCUUCGAUGAUCCCGUAGUCAAAGGCUUAGUUGAUCCAGAUGAUGAAUGGGGUCAGUACCGAUAUGCCUUGCCAACACUCAAACGCUCUCUAUCGACUAUCUAUCUACGACCUGAGCACGAACCUAAUGAAAAUUUUGACACAGCUGUGCAACAGAAGGGAUCAGCUAUGCAUCAACUCCUUGAGUUGCCUCUUUAUUCACGUUACCUUCUUGUUGCCUCUUACAUUGCUUCCUACAAUCCCAAAGCAGCAGAUAAGCGUUUUCUCGUGAAGAACACGGGCAAGCUUUCCUCUCGUGGCAAACAUUCUGACAAGCGGGUGGAAUAUACAAAUUACCAUCUCCACGGGCCACGUCUUUUUUCACUGGAUCGUCUCGUUGCCAUCUUCUAUGCUUUGCUGAAUCUCGAAAGCGGUGAUGAUGAGAGUGAUCGAUUGCCUCCACUGAGCAGCAAGUUGAUCGGUUCUGUGGGCACCCUGUGUGGACUGGGCCUCUUGGCUCCAGCAUCCAGUGCUCUAGCAGCCGGUUGUGGUUCUUCUGGUGCCAGUGGAAAUACAGCAUUGUUGGAAGCGUCCGUGUUUGGAAGCAGUGGGUAUAAUGAUGAUCCUCUUUUCAACCCAAGAUAUCGAUGCUUGGUCAAUCUAGAGACGGCUAAAGUUAUUUCCAGGUCCAUUGAUAUUGAUAUUAGCAGAUAUCUUCUCGAUUUUGUGUGA